AUGGACGGCACGAAGAUAACGAUCGGCGAGGCGCUGGAGGCGACGGCGCUCUCGGCCGGCGACCGGCCGGUGGAGCCGAGCGACGCCUCGGCGAUCGAGGCGGCCGAGGCACGCGCGGCCGGUCGGCCGCUGCAGGACGACGGCGACGACGGCGCGCCGGCGCAGAUGGGAUGCCUCGCCGCGAGGGCCCGCGCUGCCGCCGACGCCAACGCCCUGGCGGCGCGCGACGAGGACAAGACCACGCUCGGCGACGUCCUCGCGGACGCGACGGUGAAGCUGCAGGGCGCGGACAAGGAGGUGGAGAGGGAGGACGCGGCGCGGGUGGUCGGAGUGGAGGUGCGCAGCAAGCCCGACGCGAUGGCGCGGCCGGGCGGGGUGGCGGCGUCCAUCGCCGCGGCGGCGCGGCUCAACCGUGGGCGGCCGUAGCACGUAGAAACCCACGGCCGAGCGGCGCCUGGCAUACCAUU